UUAUUUUGACGAUCGGAUUUGCUUGUUUGUUAAUUGCAUUUCUGCAUCAAAAACAUCGAUUAAACCUAUCCACGUCAAAGCAAUCCUUACAUCCGCAACAAUCAAAUAUCACAUGUCCGCUGCGUGCGUGUGAAGAUGAUAUAAGAUAUGAUACACCAUGGGAGCAAACACAAUUGCCAACAAUGUAUCGACGAUCGCCGUAUCGAAAUUUUAACAAUAAAAAUGAUUUCACAGCAAUGUCACCUUCAUUAUUGGGUCCAAUAGCAGAUGUUAUGGCAUUAGCUCAAUCAGAUUAUCAAAAAACCUCACCGAGUUCUUCAUUUGGUACCGAACUUCAUGACAGCGGUUUAGAAUCUGUUUAA